UUUUCAGUUAUUACUUCAUAUCAUCGCCGAGCAGACACGGAGGUUCCAAAGAGAAAAAUACAAAAACAAAAAAUAAAAAUUCAGUAUCUAACUUUCCUCCGAGAACAACUGAAGUAUAUUUUCUCUCCGUCUCAUCAUAAUGAUGAAGCAAUUGAUCGUUGCCCUAAUUGUGGCCUUAUGUUUGGUGAACACCUGCUCUGCCAUUAAGUGUUAUUCAUGCCGAUCUACAACCGAUCCAAGAUGUGCUGAAGAAAAACCCGAUGAGGCUCUGCUCAAGCAAUUGAGGCAAGUGGACUGUGACACCGCCCCCAGGCCAGUCAGCCUUUCCACUCCAUUGCCAGUGACCAAGUGCAACAAGGUCAUCACAAAAGAUCGUGCUGGAGUGAUUGUUUCUCGAGACUGUCAAUUCGAGGAAUACGGUGAGGAUCCAAACAAGUGCUCAGUAAGCCACAGUUUACAAGUCGAAAGUUGUCAAAUUUGUAAGGGAGACUUGUGUAACUCUGCAACUGGUUACACUGCAAUGGGCGUUAUGGCAUUAUUGGGUUUCUAUUUCAUGACCCUGAUAAUGUAAGGUUUACAGUACUUGGAGUUACCUGAUAGUUUUGCUUUUAAUUUAAUAUGCGCAGCAAAUAGGUGCAUCGUAAAAUUUUUAAAUUUCUAUCUUUAACAGUUUUGAAAUAAUAUGUUGUGAAGUAUAAGAGCAUUUAUUUUGUCAUUUAUUGUAAAUUAAGAACAAAAGUGUUAAUUGUCUUUUUUCUUAAUGGUGUUAUGUGUUAAUUUUAAUUGUUAUUUACAAUUAUUGUCACAAUGUUCGAGCUGAAUAGUUAAAGUAAAUUUAUUGCUAUAAUGAUGCAUGAAACAAAACACUGGUAGUUUAAAAAAAAAGCUUUGUACAUAUUUUUGAGUAUGACACACACGUUCUUAAUAUUUGUCCAUUUUAAAUUAUUAAACCGAGAAGAUAAAUAAAAAUUAAAACGAAA